AGCAACCCAUGUUAGAGCGAAUAUAAGUUUAAUAAAUGUUAGUUUGUCAGUAUCUAUCAUUCACAUUUUCAAAUAGGCUUGCAGGGAGAGACCGAUCGACUGGUUUUGGACGUUUCGAUCCGCUGUUGAAUCUGUCAAGAGGAUGGGGUGCUGGGUUUUCUCAGCAGCAACAUUUGUUCUUCUAUCUUUCUACAUCCAGGCCCUGCCAUUUACCAAUGUGUGUAAGUGGUGUGACUACUCAAGCCCAGUGUGCGAGGAUGCCGUGUGCUACAGCAACUGUAACAUCACUUCCUUCUGCACCCUCUCUGAGGAGAUCUGCGUGGCCAUGUGGAAGCAGGACAAUGACAGCGUGAGCGUGCGGACCCUGUGCCACCACCCAAAGCAGCCCCUGGAGAACAUUGUGCUCUCCAACUACUCGUCCCCCGAGUGCGUGAUGGCACGUCAGCCCUCAGAGGACAGCCUGCUCUUCGUCUGCGCCUGUGCAGCAGAGCAGGAGUGCAAUGACAAGCUCAUAUUUGACAAGGGCUCCAAUGGCUUUGCAAAGCUCAGGAGCAAAGACGUCAUCCCGGUGGUGGUCAUCAGCCUGCUGCCACCGCUGCUGGUGGCCGUCAUCGCCACCCUGGCCUUCUACCUGUACCGCACACGGAACCCUGGUAAGCAGUCCAAAGACUGGGCCCCCAGGCGCACCCACUACCAGUCCCUGGAGGCCCCUGAGGGCCGGGGGGCCGGAGGUGGGGGCCCCAGGGACUACUGCAGCAAGCUGGUGGCGGCUGGGGGUGACGAUGGGGGCUCAGAUGUGUCCUCUGCCCAUGCAAACAGCCUAAACCACAACACAGAGCACCUGCCUAUCCAGCUGGAGGCACUGGUGGGCAAGGGCCGCUUUGCUGAGGUGUGGCGGGCACGCCUCAACCACAGUGCUGCCGGUCAGUAUGAGACAGUGGCUGUCAAGAUCUUCCCAGCUGUGGAGUACGCCUCCUGGCGCAAUGAGCGUGCCAUCUUCUCUGAUGCCAACCUACGGCAUGAAAACGUGGUACAGUUCCUGACAGCAGAGGAGCGAGGGGGCGGGGCCGGGGCCGACAGCCAGCCGCAGCAGUACUGGCUUAUCAUGGCCUACCAUGGCCUGGGGAACCUGCAGGACUUCCUGGCCAGCCAUGUGCUGAGCUGGGCGGAGCUUCGUGCCAUGGCCAGCUCAGUGGCCCGGGGGCUUGCCCACCUGCACAGUGACUACGCCCCCUGUGGGACUCCCAAGGUACCUGUGGCCCACCGUGACCUGAAGAGCAGCAACAUUGUGGUGAAGAGCCGGAGCGAGUGCGCGCUCUGCGACUUCGGCCUGGCACUGCGGCUCGACCUCUCCCUCACCGUGGAUGACUUCGCCAACAGUGGGCAGGUGGGCACAGCGCGCUACAUGGCUCCGGAGGUCCUGGAGUCACGGGUAAAUCUGGAGGACCUGGAGGCUUUCAAACAAAUGGAUGUUUACUCCAUGGCCCUUGUGCUGUGGGAGAUGGUCUCUCGCUGUGAGGUCAUAGGGGAGGUGAAGAGCUAUGAGCCGCCGUUUGGGUCCAAGGUGUGUGAACAGCCAUGCGUGGAGAGCAUGCGGGACCUGGUUCUGAGGGACCGCGGCCGGCCCGAAAUCCCAGCCAGCUGGACCGUGCACCAGGGGAUGAAGUUCCUGUGUGCCACCAUCACAGAGUGCUGGGAUCACGACCCUGAGGCGCGGCUCACAGCGCAGUGCGUGGUGGAGCGCUUCAACAGCUUGGACCAGGAGGAGGCACAGGAGCUUCUCGGCACUGUGGGAGAGCUGCAGGACCCCCCCGUCCCGCCAGCCCCAACCACCUCCUCCCCAGAACCCCCCAGCAACACCCCAGCCACAGCCCCAGCCCCCAUCUCCGUCACCACCCCCACCCCCACUCCAAUCCUCUCCUCCACUCUUUCAACAGAGGGUCUCGCUCCCAACCGGCUGGUGACUGACGUUUGA